AAAACAACAGAAACAGCUGUUCGCAAUGAAAUGCUGCAGCCCUGGCAAAAGUGAUACACAAUUUGUCCAUAAUCAGUUUUUCGCUGCAAGCAACUAUCUGAAAAUUUGUAAAUAGUCUAGUAAUUACAUAUAUAUUGUAAAAUGAUUCGAUUCAUACUCAUACAAAAUCGUGCAGGCAAAACUCGCCUAGCCAAGUGGUAUAUGAACUUUGAUGACGACGAGAAACAAAAAUUGAUUGAGGAAGUGCACGCAGUGGUCACUGUGCGGGAUGCGAAGCACACUAACUUUGUAGAGUUUCGUAACUUCAAAAUUGUAUAUAGACGAUAUGCAGGUCUCUACUUCUGCAUCUGUGUGGACGUAAAUGACAAUAAUUUGUGCUAUCUGGAGGCCAUUCAUAACUUUGUCGAGGUGCUCAAUGAAUAUUUCCAUAACGUGUGUGAGCUGGAUCUCGUCUUCAAUUUCUACAAAGUGUAUAGCGUUGUGGAUGAGAUGUUUUUGGCUGGCGAGAUCAGGGAAACCUCUCAGACGAAAGUGCUCAAACAAUUGCUAACAUUGAACUCGUUGGAAUAGAUCGGAGAGCGAAUCUAAUGAUGAAUACUCCCACUAAAAAAACGAUGCAUUCCCAUUGCCCGCUUAUCGAAUCUUUCAUAUAAUUAUUAUGUACUAUUUAUCUACAUAUGUGUUCUAUAUGCAAGCAAAACCCUCAAAUGUUAAAUAA